AUGGGGGCACAAAGCGCGCAUCUCGCCAAAACUCACGAACUCUGGACGCGCCUGAAACUGCGCAAACGACAGGGCAGAUACGAGAUCAAUGGCAACAGCCUGCACAUUGCUGAUGUUGUAGCGACAGCACAACACAAAUGUCCUCCAGUAUUGACUCGAGAUCCAAAAAUCAUAAAAGGAUUACAGGACAGUGUGAAUGUGCUCUUCGACCAUUUAGCGCAGGGAUGGUAUGUGUACGGCGUGAACACAGGGUUUGGAGGGAGCGCCGAUUCCCGGACCGAGGAAGUCAUAAAGCUUCAGGCGUCCUUAAUGCAGCUCACUCAAAGCGGUAUUCUUUCGUCUGCGCCUGAAAAUGGCGCGGCUCCGGGGCAUUCCAUGCCCCCAGCUUGGGUCCGCGCAGCGAUGGUUGUGAGAUGCAAUGCGACAUUGCGAGGUCACUCGGCCGUUUCGUUCUCUAUUCUUAAAGCUAUAGCAGACUUACUUGAACAUCAUCUCACGCCUAUAGUUCCAUUGCGUGGCUCCGUAUCAGCUUCGGGAGACCUUAUGCCGCUUGCUUAUGUAGCCGGAGGCAUAGAGGGGAAUCCAGAUAUUCUGAUUGAAACGGACGGACAAGUACAACCUUCAUAUCAGGCCCUGGAAGAAGCUGGAUUAGAACCGGUGGUGCUGGGUCCGAAAGAGGGUCUCGGUUUGGUCAAUGGAACAGCUUCAUCUGCCGGACUUGGUGCCCUAGUUGUUGCCGACGCGCAUAUGCUGGCUUUUUUGACGCAACUGUUGACGGGAGCAGCUGUAGAGGCCCUUGGCGGGAGCUCCGAGAGUUUCCACCCUUUUAUUGCACAGUCACGGCCACAUCCCGGUCAAAUUGAAUGUGCUCAGAACAUCCACUUCUUUCUUCGUGGCUCUUACUUAUCCCGAGAUGUACUUGCGCCGAAGGACCGUCGGCGUGAAGAUCUAGCCCAAGACCGAUACUCUAUACGCAGCUCGCCGCAAUGGAUUGGGCCUCAGUUAGAAGACCUGUUACUUGCGGAUCAACAAAUUACGAUUGAACUCAACUCAUCGUGUGAUAAUCCCAUUGUUGAUAGUUCCGCGAAUGAUAUAUACUAUGGUGCCAACUUUCAAGCUGCAGCAGUGACUUCUGCUAUGGAGAAAGUUCGAUUGGUGUUGCAAAUGUUCGGCAAGAUUCUGUUUGCUCAGAGCAGUGAAAUGAUCGAUCCACAUCUAAGCGGUGGUCUGCCAACUAAUCUUGCUGCAGAUGACCCGAGUCUCUCUUUUACGAUGAAAGGAGUUGACAUCAAUAUGGCAGCUUACAUGGCGGAGCUUGCUUACCUAGCAAAUCCAAUGAGCUCUCAUGUUCAAGCGGCGGAAAUGCAUAACCAGUCAAUCAAUUCUAUGGCCCUCGCUUCUGCCCGCAUGAGUUAUGAUGCCGUUGAUGUCUUGAUGAAAAUGUGUGCGUGCAGCGUGUAUGUCGUAUGCCAAGCGUUAGAUCUCCGGGCACUGCAUACAAAAUUUGUUGUUUUGGCAAGCGACGCUAUUGCAUCGGUGACCAGGCAGUCUUUCUCAACUGAAAUGGAUCCUAGCCAACUAGAACCUCUUCUGGGUGCACUGAAAGUGCAUACACUUCCUUCCUGGAACUCAACUGGGAAGCUUGAUCUGAGUGCUCGUUUUGCCUCUUUGAUUAGCUCCUCAAUACCCAUUGUCGUUGAUCACGUCAAAGGACAGGUCGCAGAUAUUGCCGAGUGGAAACAAAAUGCAAUCAAGGCAGUGUCUGCCCUGUGGACCGAGACCUUUGAGUCCUUCAUAGCCGAACCACAUACUGCAGGGCUGCUAGGCAAGGGAUCGGAAGCAUUGUACCGUUUUGUGCGUUGUGAACUCGCAGUACCAUUUCAUCAAGGCUUUGUCGAACAUCCAAUGGUCCAUGAUGCGAAGCUUAAUGGCCGCCCGAAGAAGACUGUCGGAGGAUGGAUAUCUGUUAUUCAUGACAGCAUCAAGAAUGGCUCUUUGUACGAUGAACUGGUGACUGUAGCGGGCGAGUGCUUGUUGGGUUCUACGAAUGGAUUAAAUGGUUCGGCAUCCAAUGAGGCCAUAUCUCUUGCUCGAUAGUAUGCCAUUUUGAUAGAAUCGAUUACAGGGAAGAACAAUUGUCAGAUAGGAGGUCAUCUUAGUUUGACAAACUCAUCUAAAAACAAGGCUGGUAUAGCCGAUAUAGAAUAGCUUAUACGAUGUAACUACUUUUAAUGUGGUGUUGAG